AUGGCGCAAAGUAAUCUCGGAGCCAUCAGGCUCAUCCUAACCAUGCUAUUGCCUCUAUUCCUUCUCCCGUCGAUUUUUCUUGUCCAAGGUGCUGUUAUCAACGUGCCCGAUGAUGUCAAGCGCGAUGUCCACGAGCUCGAUGCUCGCACCUGGCUGACAUAUGAUCAGUGGAAUGCCAUGAACAUCCAGAACAACUACCGAAGAGGCAGAAACCUGCGGCCGCUUGUCUGGGACACUGUUCUGCAGCGAGAUGCCCAGAACUGGGCAUAUCACCUCGCCUUUAUCGACCAGAUGGUACAUUCCCAAAACAGAGGUAGCGAAGGAGAAAACUUGGCCUGGAUCAGCGGCGGUAGCAAUCCUUUGAGUAUAUCUGCCCAGAUGUGGAUGGAUGAAGAUAAGGACUACUGGGGACAGAUCAUUCCCAACGGCAAUUUCGAGGCGUAUGGCCACUACACGCAAGCAAUGUGGAAGAGUACCACUAGGAUAGGUAUGGCAAGCGCUAGAGCUCGUAGUGGCCGUAUCUAUACUGUCGCCAGGUAUUGGCAGGCAGGAAAUAUCUAUGGUCAAAGACCGUACUAG